ACGUUUCCCACAUUUAUUCUGCCGACAGAGCCAUGAAGAACCUGAGGAGAACCAACAGGAACCUGGACCGGACCCACGGCAGCAGAAUGUUUUCUUCUGACAGUUUUCAGGACAACUCGGGUCGAUGAUGCUGUUCAGACAAAUCUGAGUUCAACACCAUCGAAGCUGCUGCUCUGUGAUUGGCUGACAUCAGCACCAAGAUGGCGCACCUGUUCCUGGCCAGUAAGAUCACGAUGCCGGACGACCCGCACAUGAAGGGCGGGGCUCGGAUUCCUCGGAGCGCCUCCAGGAUCCCGACGUCCAUCUCCGCUGAGAAGCUGAGUCGCGAGAAGUCCAGGAGGGACCACGGCGUCGUCGUGACGACACGCGUCCCCCACGUCAACGAGGUCCAGCUGACGGCGGCCACCGGCGGCGCAGACAUGUCCUGCUACCGCUGCACCGUGCCCUUCGGCGUGGUGGUCCUCAUCGCCGGCGUGGUGGUGACGGCGGUGGCCUACACCUUCAACUCCCACGGGUCCACCAUCUCGGUUCUGGGCCUGGUUCUGCUGUCGGCCGGACUGGGCCUGCUGGGAUCCAGCGCCCUCUGCUGGAGGUUCAGAACCAGGAAGAAGAAGGACAAACGGAGGGAGAGUCAGACGGCGCUCAUGGCUAACCAGGGUCACUGCGUGGCCUAGAGGUCCAACCUGGACCACACCAGACCGGACUGGACUGGACCGGAUCUACCUUUGACCCACAUGGAACCACAUGAUUCUAAAACUGGAGCUUUUGGACCCAAACUGGAUCUGAGACGGUUCAGUGGACCAGAAAACAACCAAAUAGAACUCUGAGAACCCAAACCCUGAACCAGGGUUUAAGUUUAGACUCAAACUAAACAGACUGGUUUAACUUGAACAUCAACAAAUAAACAACAAACAAAUACAAACUAACAGUGACAGGUAAAUAAAGAACAUGUUCCCAUAUGAUGUUCUAAACCAGGGGUGUUACACCCGUUCUAGUUCAGGUUCCACAUUCAGCCCAAAAUGAUCCCAUCAACCAGGAAAAUAAAAACAAAAUAAUAAAUAUGAAUACAUUUAAUAUAUUUUUAU